AUGGCUGCAAAAGAGUUACGCCCCGAGAUAAUCGAGAUCUCCAAGGGGUUGCAGGGAAUCCCUGUGUGUGAGGACUACGACCGGAUGAUAUCAGGAAUGAUGUACAAUCCCAUGAUCCCGCAGCUGCUCGAGGGCCGUCAUCGCUGCCGCGGACUAGCGGCAGACUACAACAACCUGGACACCAAGACGGUGACAUAUGACAAGAUCGGUGACGUGCGUCUGGCGUUGCUACGAAAGGUGGUUGGCAAAGUGGGCGACGGAACCUUUAUCGAGCCACCUUUCCUGCCGGACUACGGCAGCAAUAUCAGCAUCGGCAAAGACUGCUUUUUCAACUGGAAUGUCACGAUCCUCGAUACCAGUCUUGUGGUUAUCGGCGAUCGAGUGCAAAUCGGCACUGGUGUGAGCCUGAUCACCGCCGGUCACGACACUAGCAUUCUGUCACGGCGCAAGUUUGUCGAAUUCGGCCACCCUAUCUUCAUCGAGGACGACUGCUGGAUCGGAAGCAACGUAAUCGUCCUACCGGGGGUUCGAAUCGGUCAGGGAUGUACCAUCGGAGCUGGAUCGGUUGUCACCAAGGAUAUUCCAGCGUUCUCGGUCGCGGUUGGUACCCCCUGUCGAGUGAUCAAAAAGAUUCGGUCGGCAGAGGAGGAAGAGCAGGACCCCUGUAACGAAUAUCGCAACCUUGUUCGGGAGGCUUAG